AUGCCCCCUGCCGUUGAUGGCAAGGGUGUGAGCGGCGAGGGAAAGACACCGCAGCAGGGUGAAGGGGUGGCGCGGAGGGAAGGAGUGCUGCCACCCAUACGGCCCGUCGCCUCGGCACCGGUGGGAAGGAGAAGAGACAGCUCGGCCGACGAGUUAUUGUGUCUUAAGAAACUCCUGCAAAAACAAGAGAGUCGCUUGAACGAGCGCUACCAGCGCAUAACGCUUUGUUCGGAGUCUGCCGGGGGAGCCGACAUCAGCCGCACCGCCUCGGAUUUGGGCGAUGUAGCCACAAAGCCGCAGGGUGUUUUAGGGAACGCUUCUCUGAGUGUUCGCGGAGCCCACUACAAUCCGAACCCAAUUCUUUCCUCCGCGCCACCGACUGCUUGGGAGCAAAAGGAGGGAGAGACAGGGGCCCAAGAGGCGAGGGAUUCUAGGGAGGAGGAUGAGGAUGAGAGUGAACUCCGUAGGCUCGAGGAAGAUCUUAACCGUCACCAAACACGCAUCAAUCACAUUCAAAAUGAGAUGGCGCGUUUGUGGCGGAAACCGCAUAGUCACAGGAAAACUGCCCUGUCGCCACCAACACCGCUCGUGAUGCAGGUUGAUAACGAUCGCGAAGUCUUGGAACUGGCGACGUUGGUGUAUAAAUUCUCGACGUUCGAACAACAGAAGGGAGGAAACCGCGCAACCGGUGGUAAGAACUCCUCCCAAUAUGAUGUUUCUGGUGUUGUGGAUCCUUGGCGGAGCUUUUCCAGCUCCAUAGCCUUUGACCCAGAGCGUUCCACGACUAGCAUGCAACUGGGACGGAUGUCUAUGCGUUCAAGCAGUGUUCUUCGCAUAACAGAUGGUACAAUUGCCCUCAUGGAAUCCUUAACCAAUCAACGAGAUAUUGUUUUACCCUCACCCAGCGAGGUGGGUGUGGUGCGUAGCGGUGACGUUCUCUCUGCAAACCACAUUCUUGUUGUGGAUCUGCAGGAUGCACUGCGCAGUCAUAAAUGGCCAACAGGCAUCAUUUCUGGCGCUCCCUACUUUCGCAUAGUGCCAAGGCUAAAUGUGGCAGGUGUUGCCCAACCGAACAUUAGUGCUGUACGAACAGUUGUAAACGAGGUUUCUCGAGCCUAUGAUGGGGCCUUUGUGUGGGUCAAUCUUCGCGAAGAACCUCUUAUUUAUAUCAACGAUCAGGCUCACAUUGUUCGAGAACGCAAGGAGCCUCUUAAUCCGAUGAUUAUUCCAAAUGUCACCGGCCGCGGCAUUGCACAGAUUGAGGAGAAACUUAAACAGGAGGUAUUAAAGGAGGCACAUGAAAACGGCGGCAACGUCAGUGUCCACAUGGAGGGGGUCAAUGGUCUCAUGGAGGAUCAAUGGGAAAGCGCAGAUCCGCAUUGCGUGUUAACAUUACAGAAUGUUUUUGACGCGCUUCGCCCAAAUGUUAUUUUUUAUCGUCGUCCCAUUACGCGGAAUGUCGGGCCGCAGCCGCAGGACUUUGAUUUUGUUUUCAACACUUGUGUGGAGUAUCCACGAGCGGUGAUUGUGUUCAACUGCCAAACAGGGCGGGGGAAGACGAGUUCCAUGAUGUUGAUUGCCAGUAUUGUUCGCUUUUAUCAGAUGUGUGGCCAUGACGUCUCCCUCGAUAUUCGCUUGCUACGGAGUGAGUCACGGGGAUUUCGUUUUCGCACAAUCAGGAAGCUUAUCUCACUGAUCCCGGACGGUAAACUUCACGAGCACCGGCUUAUGAUCCUUUUAGAGCUUAUCGACAAGGUGUACUCCAUCACGGAGCACAUCCACGCCGCAUUUUACACAGGGACGGCAUCGGCGGAGGAGGCCAUGAUGCAUCUUCAGCAGUACUCUUAUUUUCUUGUCUUCUCGUUCUACUGCGAGCAGCGUCUUUGGAACUUCAACAUCAAAAUACCCUUCAGUGAGUGGCUAGCGGAGAAUAACGAGUUGAGGCUGAUCAUAGCCAGCAUUCAGUCGAUGGAGGACGAGUUACGGGAGGAGUGCAUAGUCGCGCCCAUCGCGGAGGGAGAGGCGGCUUGGGCCGCCAGCAUUGUGCGCCAUCGCCGGGGAAAUGUGUUGAGUGCCGGCCGCAUUUUGUACACCGUUCCGAUGCUUUCGGGGGACUCGCAACACGUCAAUACACUGCGGCAACUGGCGCCGGAUGUGCCCAUCUUCACCUGCGGGCGGUUGUCGGAGUCUGGCCGCAAUCUGCUCAUGGCGGAAGUGCGUCAAUAUUUCCCCAAUGAGGGGAAUAUUUUGUGGAUCAAUCUUCGCGCCGAGCCCAUGGUGUACAUCAACGACAUCAGCUUCACAUUGUCCGACUAUGACACGAUCUCAGGCAACUCGGCGGAAUUGGCAUCGACAAUGCAUGUAUCACUGAAGGCUAUGGAGCAAAUAGAGGAGCGUCUGCGUCGUGAUGUUAUUUUGGAAUCACAGGAACACAAGGGUGUGAUACUGUUGCACCACAUUGAAGGAAAUGGUAAACGCUCGACGAUACGCGUUAAGGUACGUUCUGUGCGUACACCCAAAUCGACCAUGGCUGACUUUGCAACGGAAUAUGGAGUCUCCUAUCAUCGCAUUCCUAUUCCAUUUGCCGGUCAUAUGUUGGCUUCCGACGUGGAUCCCUUCUUGGAGUAUUUAAGUAAAAAAGGUGGCAAACAUGACGUGUUUAUCAUCCAUGAUAGUGAGGGGUCGAUGCGUACGACAGUUGCGCUUAAUAUGCUUACCCUCUACCGUGCUUCUAGAGCGAUUAGUUUACGAAGGCUUGCCACCCCGGAUGAAUUUAGGGAGGUGCUACGUGUCGGUCAGGGGGGAGUGGUGUUGCCCUCCGCACAGGUCGUUGGUUCGGUCGCGGUAAAUCCGGACGAGUUACCGAAGAUGCCUGUUGAGUUGCAGUUGGCAGCCACCAUAUGCCAAAUGCUUACAGCGGGUUCAUUGUUGCGUGUUGUUGAGGCAGCAAUUUCUCUUGGGGGGCGAGGUACACGAUGGAACAUUCUUCACAUGUUAAAUCAUUUAAAGGUGACGAUGACAGAUGCCAUCAAUAAGGUGAAGAUUAUGAGAAACACCGUUUGCUUGGUACGCACGUAUCUUCUGGUGCUUCUCAGCGCCAUUUACAUUGACUCUAUGGGGGACUACUGUUUGGAAAAACCAUUUAGCGAUUGGGUAGAAGAGCGGACAGAAGUGGCAAAUAUUAUUGCCAAUCUUGAUCAGCGUGCGGAGCAGUCUAUCAAGUACGUGGAACCCCGCACCUUUAUGAAGGGAAGCGUCCCACACCACAAUGGAGAUGUUUUGACAGCGAACUGCAUGUUAAAGGCAGAUCACUUUCCAGGAUGUCAGAAAAAAGGCUUGCGGCCGGAGUUGUGCGGUGCACCAAACUUCCGCAAGGUCGAUACGGUCAAUGUCUACGGCGUGGCCAUUCCAACCCUUAUGGGGAUCCACAACAUCCUAUCAAUUCUCGGUGCUUCGCAAGAACCGCUCCAGGCAUACCCAGGCGAGAAUAAUGACAAGGAAGUCCACAUGGGCUUUGCGGCGCCUCGGCUUUUUGAGCCCCGUUUUUCGCCAGAGGAGCUUUCCAAGCCUUUGCGUGGCAGCGUUGUUUGGGUAAAUCUCCGUGAGGAGCCAAUUUUAUACGUCGGCGAUCGGCCAUUUGUGCUACGCAAUUUAGAUGCUCCGUACGUGAAUGUAGAGUUGACCGGCAUUGCAGCCCAUAAGGUGGAGCAGGUGGAGACACAAUUGAUGGUGGAUGUGCUAAAGGAGGCGACACGGCACAACGGCAUGUUUCUUGUGAGCGAUGAAGGAGAACCCGGGGAAAUUGUUGGCAUAUGGGAACCGGCCACUAGGGAAACUGUCAAAACGGUGCGAGAGGUAUAUGAUGAGUUAAGGGCACAAGGCAUUCGUGUUACCUUGCUGCGACUUCCUGUGACAGAUGAGCAAAGUCCUAGCGCAGAAGAUUUUGAUGCACUUGUUUCUGUCUUACUUCCUAGCAUUGCCACUCACAUGGAUCGUCGCGAGACGCUGUCAUUUGUAUUUAAUUGCCAAAUGGGACGUGGACGCACUACAACUGGCAUGGUGAUUUGCUGCUUGUUGAUUGGUCUUGUGAUACCGGAGUAUUACGAUGAACUGAACAAUAGAUAUGAUCCUCUUUUCAAGCCAGAUGACUCACCAUUAUCACGUGGGGAGUACAGUUGCAUUGUGCAGCUAAAGCGUGUACUUACAGGGGGGCGCCAAGCGAAGCUGCAGGUGGACUUGGUGCUAGAGGUGUGCGCCAAGAUGCAAAACCUUCGCACAGCGAUUGAGAGCUUUGCGUUGCAGGUGAAGUCACCGGACGUCACAGAGUCGCAGCGUGGCCGGGCACACCACCACGGAGUGCACUACUUGCGUCGGUACUUCAACCUCAUCACCUUUGCUGCGUAUCUCCAGGAGGAAUAUAAUUCCAUGAAGAAAAUGAUGCGCUGCACGUACUCAUCAUGGUUGGCACAGCGACCGGAACUCACGACUUUGUGUGACUCCGCAUCUCUCAAGUAG